CUCUUGAAAGUACAUAUUUGACAGGGCACAGGAAGGCAGAGCCUGCACUCCAGCUUAGUGUUCAGUUAGGCACAGACGCCCUAAGCCCCUCUCCUCUCCUUGGUUUUCAUUUGGACGUUUUGUCGGUGCAGCCGAACAGAAAGAAGCAGCCAUGGAUGCCAUCAAGAAGAAGAUGCAGAUGCUCAAGCUCGACAAGGAGAAUGCCUUGGACAGAGCUGAGCAGGCCGAGUCAGACAAGAAAGCAGCUGAGGACAGAAGCAAACAGGUCGGAAGAGGUUUUUUUUUUCUUUUUUGUUUGGUUUGGUUUUUUCUCCUUAGGAAAAACCCAAAGAUAGGAGAGCAGGAGUACCAGAAGCCGAUUAAAAUUGCUCAUUCUUUAAUGGAUCAGCCUCUAAUUGCGGAUUAAUUAUUCUCAUGGAUAAUCUCGAAUAAGGAUUGAAUUACUUUUUGGAUGCUGUAAAUCCUCCUCUGAACUGUUAUGGCAUUUGGUGAUGUAAAUAUAACCAAGAAAUGAAAGUGGAUAAUAAAACUGUGGAUGAGAGAGGAUAAUGCUAAUGAAAUAAAUAAUUGCAUGUUAAUUUAAUAUUCUGUAUAACCUUUAAUGUCUUCUACAUGCAUGUGUAGUUAGAGGACGAAAUCAGAGAGUUGGAAAAGAAAAUGCGCGUUACUGAAGACGAAAGAGAUAAAGUGUGUGAGGAGUUCCAAACUGCUGAGGAAAAGCUGCUGACUGCGGAGGAGUCCGCCACCAAGGUAUCUCAUCCUGACGUGCACGAGCUUCCCUAACUUUAUUUCUCUUUUCUCUCUCUCUCUUUUCCCCCUGUUCUGUCCUGUGCUGUCCUCUCCUGUCCCGUGUGUGUCUCUGUCUCUGUCUGUACACGCUCUUGCGCCUUUGCGCGCUCACGCACCUCCAUCCCCUCACCACGCUGAUCACCUCUGAAUCCUUCUGCGCACCGAAACUCACCUCAGCUUGAGGACGAUUUGGUAGCUCUGCAGAAGAAGCUGAAGGGAACUGAGGAUGAGUUGGACAAGUACUCCGAGGCUCUUAAAGAUGCCCAGGAGAAACUUGAGCUGGCUGAGAAGAAAGCCACAGAUGUAAGUAAGGAAGGGCUUCACCAAGGCACCAGUCCUCCUGCACCACGCUUCCUCACACGGUCUUUUCUUUGAGCACUGUGAAUGUAAAACACCAGUUCAACACAACACAUAUGACACUCCAUCUUUGUGAUAGCUCUUACUGACAUCAUUGUAUCUCCAAAAUUGUUGUGUGUCUGUCUGUGUAUGUGUGUGUGGAUGAUCAGGUUUUUACGCUCAUCUAUACAGGAAAAAUAUUAGGAUCCUAAAACUUUAAGUUACCAAUGAACUGUUGACUAAUUUAGUUAAAGGUCACAUGUACAGUCACUUAGUCUGCCCAAACGCUUUCUAAUUGGCUCUUAGAUUUAAAAGACAAUCAUAAUUAAUCUUAAUUUAGUUUAUCCAUGUCACACAAAUACUUUAACUCGACAAAAUAUAGUGUUUUAAUGCCCUGAUUUUGCUCAUUGGUGUGUCCCAGUCUGAGAAAGUCUUUUCAGUCUGAAAAGUGAAGUAGACUAAUGUGCAGUGUCCCUGGGAGCGCAGAGCCAGAGCGUCUGGAUAAAUAUAGCCCAGUGCUUUAUAUGGUCAAGAUAGAGCUCACAUCUGCAAGCUGCGCUCUCUGCUUACCACUGGGGAAAAAAACACUCUUUCCCAUCAAACAGUCCUGGGCAGAGCACUCAUUUGAAAGAUAAACACAUGCAGCUCAUCCUUUGAAAAUGCAUUGUAUUUUGAGAUGAUGCUCAGGUUGGCUUUUGAAAAGAUAAAUACCAGGAAAACUAUGUGAAGAAUUUUCAUUUUAGGGAAUUUAAAGGUUACGACCUGCUCUAGGAGGGGAAAGAUCAUUACUAAUACUCAUAUUUUAUUUCCACUAUAAACAAUCCAGUUCAUGGCCAAGUCAGGGUCAGGUUGAAGUGGGGACACUUUGUUCUCAUGAGUCAAUCAGACAAUCCAAUUUAAGUUUGCUUAAGUUUCCUUUAGGAAAACCAGUUGUAAUAAUCCUUUAAUUGGAUUUCGCCGGGGAGUUAAGCCAUAUUGAGUCUCUUUAUAGUCUGCUGAGUUUUAGCUUAUCACACUUGAUGCUAUAGGCUAUUGAAUCCCCUUUAGGAAAGUUUCAGAGUGGCUUAAGUCCGGAAAUGAAUUCAAAUAGUAGGAUGUUUAUUGUUGUGUGACCUUUUACCCUUUCAUAUUCUGUAAACGAUUUAUAAGUCCAAAAGAAAAGUUUAUUGCAUCUAGUAGUAGGAUUUAGGAAUGAAUUAUAUUUGUACUGAUAAACAUUUACCAGCAGAGGGCGCUGUGACUCUGUUUUUCUACUAGAGUGGGUUACUCAUUACUGUAUACAGAUUGAGUAUAACAGUGGAAAUUGAGAUUUAUUUAAUGAUUUAUUGAUUUUUUUAUGAAUUAAAUUUUACAUUUCAGCUGUGAAUUUACCAGUGUGAUAGGUUCCCAAAAUGUAGCGCAAGUCCAAACUUCACUUUUCAGCUCUAUUUUGAAAUCAGUGGCACUUCCUGGACAAACGACAUGGCAUUGCAAGUGCGUCUCCAGAGAGCUCGCGCACUGUUCAGCCUGUCUUCACGCCGCCUUCUCCGCAACCCUUAGACGUCAUCCCGCUGCUUGAUAAUUUCUCAGAAAUUGUGCAGCAGCCUUUGUAUUUUUUUUUUUACAUGAAUAGUUUCCCUGCGCCAAAAAUGGCUGGGGCUGCAUCGCUAGAAGCAGUCAAACGAAAGAUCAAAUCCUUACAAGACCAGGCAGACGCUGCUGAAGAAAGAGCCGAGAGAUUACAGAGGGAGCUGCUGGCACAGAGGACAGCAAGGGAGCAAGUAAGCAUGUUUACAGCGUGUAUCCUCGCAUAGGAGCGGAGAAAUGGACGUGAAAUGAGGCUCCUCUCUUCUUUGCAUGUGCUGUGUUCAUGGAGGGGAGGGAACUUGUGUCGAAACGCAGCGAAAAAAGCAGGAUUUCUCUUGAUUCUCUGCAGUGCUACAAGCUGAGCUGUACACGGCUCCAUGCUGUGCCAACACUAAAUACUCUUAGUGAGGUUUUUGGUAGCCUGGUGCCUGCUAACAGCUUAUUAUAAUUGGUAACAUUAGGCCGCUUUUGCACAAGUCAAAAGAGCAGAAGUACCGUGGUUCAUUGUGUUAUUGCUCCAUCUCUAUACUCUCUCACACUUGUUCCUCAUUUGAUGCUCUAGGCUGGAAGGAGAAUAUUAAACCUGUUUUUUUUAAGUUGUUCAGCUAUUUUCUUGGCAAGAAAUACUGAGAACAACAUUUAAUUUGACAAGUUUCAGCAAGCAGGAAGUUACCAGGCAACAUUUAAGGUGCAAGUCCUCACAGUGAGUUUGCUCUUUGACUUGCCCAUAUAAGGACAACAGGUUUUCACAAGUGUGAACAUAGCGGUAGUCAUCUAGACGGGAAAUAAAGCUUUGUGCAGAGGCUUAAGGCACUCAGAGUAGAUAUAUCAGAUCCAGUCUGACAGUGUGUGAUUCGUGUUCAUCAACCAUGUGGACUUUUCAAUGAACUUAACAGCAGUUCUCCACUUUUUUUUAGCUUAUCAGUAACUUCCUUGUCAUGCACCACCACCUCAGAUGCACUUUGGUCUAACACUGCACUUUGUUUCACAUGAUCUGCAGGAGAGUCGGGCAAACCUCGGGUUGUAAUUGUAGUCUGUUUUCAGCGCGCGUUUUCAGGGCAAUGCAAAUCUCACCAGGAAGCAGAAGUCGCCACAGGUUUGAAUAAUCUUAGAAAAGGCUCAGCUCUUCUCUGAUCUGUCAAAAUAAUGCAUUUCAGGUUUCCUUUUAAGAUACCUCAAUUUUUUCUAUAAGACUGGUAAGAUUAUAAUUCAAUAUUUCCAAAAACUAUCCAGGGACUGUCCUCUGUGGUUGUGCACAAACUUUAUGAGCAUUCAUUUACCCUCAAUAGUCUCAGGGCCUUUGAUACAGGCCUUGUUAAUUCUGUCUCAGGGGCCUGGUAAUGAGACAGGGUAUUAGCCCUGCUGUCAACCUGGGACAUUGUUAUCAUUGUACAGUCACUAAGGAGCGCUGGGAAGCCUCCUAACAAUAGUACACAAAUACCCUUGGCAGGUUACACUGUUAGGGCAUCACUAUCUCCCUAACCACUACUCACUACCACUUUAAAAAACAAACAAACAAACAAAAACACCUCGUAUGUAGUCAACCGUUGUAUGUGCGUGUGGGUGUGUGUGAUGUCCGUUUUUUGUGUUCCGGAUAUUGUUGAGCUCCAAACACUCCUGACGUGCUCUUCUUCUCUCCCCAGGCUGAGGGUGAUGUCGCUUCUCUUAACAGACGUAUCCAGCUGGUUGAGGAGGAGUUGGAUCGUGCUCAGGAGCGUCUGGCUACUGCCCUGACCAAGCUGGAGGAGGCUGAGAAGGCUGCUGAUGAGAGUGAGAGGUGGGUUCUUAGAGAAAAACAUACUUUGACUCUCUGAUCUCUGACAAUGUUGGUCUGUUGAUGAAAGAGUUCGUCCCCCAUCCUUUUUUAUGAGGUACAAAUAGGGUCAGUGUACUUGAGAGCUGUAUGUCAGAUAAUCCAGUGUCCUUAAAUUCUGUAUUUUCUGCCCGUUUAAUGUUGAAAACAAGUCAUGAGUAUCUUCAGGGUGACUGUGAUCUUUGUGGCAGGUCUCAGAUCUUGGUGCUUAAUGUCUUGUUUUAUUGUUCCCUCUCUCAGAGGCAUGAAGGUCAUUGAGAACAGGGCCAUGAAGGACGAGGAGAAGAUGGAGCUGCAGGAGAUCCAGCUCAAAGAGGCCAAGCACAUCGCUGAGGAGGCUGACCGCAAAUAUGAGGAGGCGAGUUUUUUUCAGUCCCUCCCUGGCAGCCCCCUCUAAAACAUUCUGCAAUAACAAACACACUAUCGAUACUUUUCAUCUGGCCUUUUGUAGUUGUCAAUACAAACUCUUAAAUAUAGUUAUCUCUUUUAUUUGUUAUACCAUAUGACAUUUAAUUUACACUUAAAGGAGCUGAUAAGAAAUAUUUUAUCAGCCUUCAUGUUGUACCUGAAUUAAAAAGUUAGAAGACAACAUUUCAGUCUACUUUGACAUUAAAAAGUACUGAAUAGGUAUACCUUGUGUCUAAUUCAAAGGGAAUGCAGGAUCCCUUCCUUAAACAUUAGACUCUCUUGGUAUAUGUGAUACUUUGUUUUGUAGUAAACCACCCAACAGUCAAAGCAAGAAAAGCUUCAAUAAAAAGUUCAUGAAGUGAUGGAUAGGAACUCAAUAAGAACUAGUCCUCUACUCUGAUGUUUGAUACACAUUUCACAUUUUAUAAGAUAUACUUGCGCACAUUUAUUUACAAAAAUCUAGAGGAUUUGUCGUAUUUUAACACUUUGGUCUGCUACACCUAAAGGUCGCCCGUAAACUGGUCAUCAUUGAGGGUGAUCUUGAGCGUACAGAGGAGCGCGCUGAGCUGUCAGAAGGGUAAGAAGUUUCCCCUUUGCCUCUACUUGAUGUCAGCUUACUCUUGCAUGUAUACUGUCACAUCACUAGUCUGAGCUUUUAGCACUAACAGAGAAAGAUUUGAACUUGUAUCCAUUGGAACAAUGUGUCCUGUGUUCUUAUCAUUUAUGCUGGUUAUUUGCAUGCUCUCCAUGGUCUGAAUGGUCUUGGCUUGCACGUGUGCGCCACACCCACCCACAGACGAGCUCGGAUAGCGGAGCAUGAGCUAGAGCUUUUGGAGCAAAGCAUGAAAUCACUAAACGCAACCGUUAUUCAGGUACUACAAACUAAAACUUUACCUCUUUGAUACGUGUCUCUCCCCACUUUGAUUCAUGCUGCAGAGUGGUGUCUCUGCUUUGCCUGCUGUGCUUGUUCUUUCUUCUUCUUUUUUUGCUCUUCUUUUCUUAGUUUUUCAGACUCUCUCACGCCUCUAACAUGGCAGAAACUGUGCAGAGAUAACCCAUUUUAAAGAGAAGCAUGAUCUUAAUAUGUGGAACAACCACUCACCAAAUUAUUAACACUACAGUAACCCAUGACUUUUGUGAUAAAAACGACACCAGCACUGCUAAUGUCACAUUCCUGCUCUGUUAAGGCUCUUCAAAGGUACUUGGGUCCCCUCCUGGUUUAAUCCCUGUAGUUCUUAUUUAUUUUGUUUCCUCUCUCCCCCUUUUCUCCCUUCUGCUUUGUGUCCUCCUCCGGUUCUGCCCAUCCUGGUUUCCCUCCUUCCCCUUCUUCCUCUUUGCGACUUUACCUCCUUGUCUGAAACACCAGCAAAUGCUCUGAGCUUGAGGAAGAGUUGAAAACUGUGACCAACAACCUGAAAUCACUGGAGGCCCAGGCUGAGAAGGUAAGAGUGACUUACUGGCAGAGUGCAUGCUGUCAAAUCCUACAGCUCCCCACUAGAAUAUGUGGAAGAGGAGCAGAAAAGUCCGGGGACCCCUUAUCUCUUCAUAACAGAUUUAUUUCAUACUACUUAUCGGUUUAAUGUAUUGGCCCAGGAGUCCAAAGACUAACUCCACGCACAUGUGUUUGACACCUUUCAUCGUUCUCGUCCCACAGUACUCACAGAAGGAGGACAAGUACGAGGAGGAGAUCAAGGUCCUCACCGACAAGCUGAAGGAGGUAAGGUUUCACGAGGCCUUGUGUGAACUUACCCGAUAAGUCAAGCAGGUCACAGAUCUAACUCAUAAAUCUGCCUCUGUGCUAUAGGCUGAGACUCGUGCUGAGUUCGCUGAGAGAUCAGUAGCCAAGCUUGAGAAGACCAUUGACGACUUGGAAGGUAUGAUUUUUUGGCCCUCACCUUGGGGGGCUCUUCUGGUUUUCUUGAACUGCCUCAUGAGUUAUUGAGGGUACACGUCAGAAAGGUCUAAUCCUUUGCUUUCCUCUUAAACUUUGUGUCUGUUCCCUCUUGACCUUACUGCGGUUCUUUUAUAAACAACAACAUAUUUUAGUUGAAUUUACUCUUCAUCUCUGGAGUCCAGUUGGUUGGUUUUUGAGAUUUAGGACUCAGAUGUUUAUCAGAUACAGGAGUGUGGCGAUGAGGGACUGUCCUCUUUUCUUGUUGAACUCUCAUCUAUCUUUUUCUGGUGUAACUCUGUUUUCCUUUUUUCCUCCUGUCUCCAUCUUUUUUUUUUUUUCCUGUCACCUCCUCCUGUCUUGUCAAUGGUCUGGAUGCUUCACCCUUCACCUUUCUGCCAUGUGCUCCUUCACCUUUGCUCCCUUUCGCUGCAACCUUCCCUCCCCCCACCUUGCAAAUCUCCCUGGCCCACCAAUAGAUGAGUUGUACGCUCAGAAACUGAAGUACAAGGCCAUCAGCGAGGAGCUGGACCACGCCCUCAACGACAUGACUUCCAUGUAAUUUUCUACCUCACUGUGCCUGCUCAUGCUACCGUUGGCUUUUCCCUCCCGUGCACGUUCCCCCCCUUACAUUCCCUUAUACCGUCCUUGCUUCACUUAAGUUAUAUUAUUACAGAGUUUUUAUGGCGUCUGAAACAUUAAUGUCUGCAGGAUCACUUUAAAUAAUUUUAAGUCCUCAGCUUAUAAAAAUACUUUAUGAUUCAAGUAUCAUUCCAACAUUUUAACCAAACUUAAAGGCACUGUAAGGAGAUUUUAACCCAUUUAAAAAAAUCAUACUGUUAUACUGAUGUCUCUUCAUGAUCUACACAGUUGAAUUAGAUUAUUAGCAAUAAGACUAGUUAUUUCUUUUCACUGAAUUUUUAUGCCUUUGAUAGGGUCAGACAGAAAAGUUGUGUUAAUAAGCGGGACUUGCCUGAAAGUGUCCAUGUUUACCUCUCCACUCACACAGUUUUUAUUGAUCUUUGACACCAAAGAGUUCAACCAUGUGUGUAUUUACAUUAUCCAGAUGUUUAGUGGGACUUAAGAGCACACAUUAUGACACCCAGGCUGUGACUGGUAACACUCAACUGAUACACCGGGUCAGCUUGUGUGCACUAACUAAUGAUAAUUAAUCAGAAUUUACAAGUCAUUUUUAUGUUAUACCUGUCAGUUUAAUGUAGUUCCACCUUGAAAUAUCACCUCAUCACUCAGCAAGGGAAAGUAGCUCUUAAAAUAUCUAUAUUUCAUUGAUUUGCUUCUCUACAUCUGUAGAAGAGUAAUGAUGGUGCUCAUGGGAAAUGCAGUCCUUAUUCAGGAAAAAUGAACCUAAUUUUGUCCAAAGAAGUCACCAGAAUCAACACAUCAUGAAAUAUCCUCACUGUGCCUUUCAGUCGUGUUAUGUAUGAAAAAACUCAGCAUCAGUCCCUGCGUUUUUUAGCUGAUUUACAUGCUAAUGUGUUCCCUCUUUGCUUUUUUACUAACACAGUCUACUUCAGUUCAGAAGAAAGACACCUCCGUGUGUUUGUGUUUAUUAGACUCACCUGUCAUUUAGUCAUAAAGGAGAUUCGCGGUCGUCUGCUUGCCUCUAGUUUUCCUAAACAAGCGUUUCCACCUUGACAUUUGUCCGUUGCAACAUUACUGUAUGCUCACUUUGCGUUUAAAUCAGACAGGUCUACAUAGGAAGGAUUUUCUCCGUCCUUCAGUGUGUUCUGCCUCACAAUGCAUUUCCAUUGUGCAGUGCAGUUUUGUGGCUGUGGUGGCGACUUGUGGCUUGUGUGUUAUUGCAGUGCUUAUCUCAACAUAUUCGUAGGUCCCUCAUUGACCCCCCUGGUUCACUUUACUUCUGCUUUUCCACACAGAUAAAUUUUUUACACCUCAUCAAAGACGUCUCCUGCCGGCUGAGCGGCAUCUGUCUGCUCUUUCCAGCCUGCUCUCCAUUUUCCCUUCCCCUCUUUCUGUCAUCGCUUCCUUCCCUCCUCAUGUCUUCAUCCUCAUGACGUUAAAUGCAUCCCAUCUCUUGUACAGAAUCCUAGAAUCUUUCUGCAUUGUGUAAAAAAUAAACACCCUUCCUUCUGUGUAUGCUGUAUCUCUUUACUCUGCCUUUUUGUUCUCUUUUUAAUUUCUAUUUAUUUUAAGUGGCACUAAUAAAACUAGUUAUGUUUUUUUAUUUUUUUUUCAUCCCAACAAACCAUAAGUUGAGCUUAACCCUAUUAAUUUUCUUUUCUUCUAAUAUUGCAUUUUGAAGUUGAUAUUAGGAAUAUCACAGUAGUGCUUUAAGCACAGAAACUUAAAACAGCUGUAGGUACUUGAAAGCUGAGCCGAGCUGUCUUCUCUGAUGCAUGCAUGCACUUUCCAACAUUUAGUGUUAGUGACAGGAUGAGCUGAAGUGAGGGAUUUGAGAAGUGGAAGGAAAUAGUGUUGGAUUGUUAGGAGGAAGAUUCAGGGAAAGAAAAGUUAAGGAUGCAGCAAGACAGAAAGUAAGAUUUGUUGAGUCUCAUCUGGUUUCUGGAAAAUUUGGAUGACAAUGCUAUCAGUGAUAAUGACUCGUGGGCUUUGUAUGAUACACGGUAUCCUGUCAUAAAUUUAAAUAAAUGUACAAUCUUACAUUCUGAGUGUUUUUAUUACAGUCAUCUCCAUAAAUUCAGACACAGAAAGAUAAGAGGAAGUGAACUAUUCAUUUUCUGUUGUAGCCUUUGUAACUGCAGGAUAUUAGUGGAGCUAUGCCAGACCAAACUUAAGCCACAAAAGUAUAUUUUUUUAACGUCAGUUCUUUCUUUAUCGGCUCUUGAUCAGCUGAAUUUGUGCUUAUGAUAAGGUGCGCCUGAUAGAGAUUGUUUUGAUCUAAGUGGCUGAUGUAGUAUUCGGUAAUUUCCUCUUUUUUGUUGCCACACUGUCCACCUUUAAACACUACAUGGAGGGUUCAGCUCACUGCCACUCUUCUUUUAACUUUCCAAACUUAUUCCAUCUGCUCAUCCUCUGCUGUAACUUGACACACUCUUCUCUCAUGUUUUAACCAAAGCAGGAAAAAAUCUAAGCUAGAGAUUUCCAAAACCUGCUCUCUAAACAGAAGAUCUAUAAAAUGAAUAAUGACAUGUAAAGGCAAUCCAGUUGCUGUCAGUGUGAUUAAUCGAGGUUUGUUAGUCCAUGGAGAGUUAUUCUAGAGGAGGUAGGUAUCAACAGGCUCUGCACUUUCUCUUUCUUCUGUUUUCCUCUGAUUUCAUGUCCUCUCUCUGUUUUCCAACUUGCUCUCUGACUGCAAAGAUCGCCUCUUCCAGCAACUUGAGAAACACCGUCUUCUCACUAAUGAACUGCGAGUGGCUCUGAAUGAGGACUAAAUUGUGUGAAUGUGUCUGUUGUGUUAUUAAAGGUUUUUGUCUUUGAAACCUGUACGACAAUCAGAUCUGGCUCCAGAUCCAAACCUGUUUCAUUUACAUUGUUCAUGUCCAAUGCCUGCACUGCUUGAAACUGUGUUGCUGUUUGUGGAGGUGUGACUAUAAUAUAGAGAACAAGGAAAAUCAGGGAUCUUUUCAAAUAUAUCGUUUUCUAUUCGUAUAACCUAGAUGUAACCAUCCUACAAUAAUCACUUUUUGUGUUUUGCUGUUUUUUGUGCAUUAUUAAGAGCUUUGUUGUAACCUGUUUGCAUGGUUGCCUGUCAUGUUGUUUAGUCAAUGUUUAACUCCUGUUUUCUGUCAGUGAUAUAUGGGCCAGUUAUGAGAGUAAAUCCAUUCAAUUGGCUGACCUCUGUUGUCUUGAUCAUUAAUGCCAGCUAACCCACUGACUGACUUGUGUUUGCUUUGUGAGAUUAAAACUUGUUCGUUUUAAUGUUCUAACAGAGAAACUAUCACAUGCUAAAGAAGAGAACCUCGAUAUGCACCAGAUGCUGGACCAGACUCUAAUGGAACUAAAUAAUUUGUGAAGGCAUGGUCCAACCGCCCACACACAUUGUGGUUUUGGCUUUUUGUACUUGCACCUUGCUUACCAUAAACCCCUCUUCUCGCACCAUGCCCAUGGUGGAGAUGAAACAGCCAGAUGCUCUUCCUAAUGCACCGUCCUGCCUUCAGUGAGACUCGACCAAGGAACAAGGACCAUUCCCUUUGAUGAAGUCUAAACUGAAAAGCAAGAUCACUUUUGCAAGCAAGUUUUAACCUUGAAAUGUUGUCUGCCUUUUUACGAUUCUUGAUAUAGCUUUUCUCUUCUUUUUUUGAAAAGUCAUCUGGUAUAAUGACAUUUCAUGUCAUUGGUUACAAAGAUUUUUUUUACAUCUGCAUUGCAGCUGAUCUGGUACGUCCCAUUCCACCGUAAUUAUGCACAAACCAAAGGACAAAGUGAGGAAAUUUUGCACUUAGUUAAACCUCAGCAUUAUGCACAUCUUGCAUUCUUCAAAGAUAAACUGCAUUUAAAAGGACAAGUGUAAGUAUACAUGGGUUAUACCCGUCGUUAUGUAUACUGGUGCUACUACUUUAGUUUGGGUAUUGCUCUUAAAUCUAGUGCAUCACAAUACACUCUUUUUUUUUUCCUUCAAGACCAUGGUUCAAAAUUGAUCAUCUUGUCUUUUUAAGUCAUCUGGUUGUGCAAUGUGUAAGCAUUGUUUUAAUAUAGAUGUUUCAUAUGUUUAUCAUAUCUGAAAUGUACAAAUUAUAAAUUUAAAUAAAAGCACGUCUUGAAAGUUUUUUAA